GUCAUUAUGUCCACAUAUUUACAAAUUAGCGUGAUUCUGUACGUGUAAUUAUUUACCAUAUAGACAAAAGAUAUCUGAUAGGCAGCUGCGCGCGCGCAUUCAACCGCGCGACGUAUCGGAUAGCGCACGCGCGCGAUUUUUUUCUGUAUGUGAAAUAAAUCGAUACGUAAAAAUGAUGCUCGCUGGAGCCGAAAUAGUGAAAGAAAGUGUAGCGUUCAAGAAAGAUGACCAUGGAAAUACCGAAGCUGUCAUCGCACCCAAAUCUUCCCAGCCCGGAGCAAUGGGUCUCACCCGGGUGCCAACUAUGGAACCCGUUGACAUCCAGUUCACAAACGUAACUUGCACCGUGUCACUGGGCAUAAACAAAGGAACCAAACAAAUUCUUCAUGGAGUCAACGGACGGCUUCGUCCAAAACAAUUAAUUGCUAUUAUGGGUCCAUCAGGCGCUGGCAAGUCGACAUUAUUGGAUGUACUAUCCGGCUACAGAACUACAGGUGUCGGAGGAGCUAUAUUUAUUAAUGGACGUGGAAGAAUUAUGAAAAAAUUUAAGAAAAUGUCCUGUUACAUCCAACAAGACGACAGACUGCAGGGUCUCCUCACCGUGGGUGAGAAUAUGACCAUUGCAGCCGAUCUGAAACUACCUACAAAAAUGGACAAAUAUGAAAAAGGGGAAGUGAUCGAAGAUAUCCUGACAAACUUGGGUCUAUAUGAGCAUAUGAACACACGCGGAGCGCAACUGUCUGGAGGGCAACGAAAACGACUCUCUAUUGCUUUGGAGCUUAUCAACAAUCCUCUCGUUAUGUUCCUUGAUGAACCAACAACAGGCUUGGAUAGUUCAUCAUGUAGCCAAGUAGUCCAACUCUGCCAAAGCCUCGCUCACCAGGGUCGAACAAUCGUGUGCACGGUCCAUCAACCGUCUGCCACAUUGUUUGCUCUUUUCGACCAAGUAUAUGUGCUAUCAGCUGGAAACUGCUUAUACCAAGGCACUACGACGAACCUUGUCCCAUAUCUAGAAGAAGCUGGUAUUCCUUGUCCGAUUUAUCAUAAUCCAGCCGAUUACAUAAUCGAAUUGGCAUGUGGUGAAUACGGUGAAGACAAAAUACCGGUCUUGACCACAAAGGCUGAAAAUGGUAAAGCACUACAAUGGUUUAACGAUCCAGAGACUAUACCUACAAUGGAGUUGCUUAGGAAACAGUAUCCUUUAAGUGUAAUGAGGAACCAAUACACUUCCACAGGGGAAGAGGAAACGCCACAAUCCAAUCAGAGAUCAGUGCUCAUAAAGCGAGGAUUCCUUAAAGCAAAACGUGAUCCGACGAUGACACAUCUCAGGCUGAUGGUGAACGUAGUUGUAGGUAUUAUGCUGGGAGCUCUCUUUAUCAACGCUGGAAAUGAAGGGUCCCGUGUAUUGGAGAAUUACAAUCUUUUAUUCGCAAUUCUCAUGCACCAUAUGAUGUCGCCUAUGAUGCUGACUAUUCUCACAUUUCCAUCAGAAAUGUCGAUAUUAUUAAAAGAACAUUUCAAUAGAUGGUAUUCUCUUGGUUCUUACUACAUUUCGAUAACAAUAGUGGAUCUACCGAUUUCGAUAGUAUCCUGUGCCAUAUUCAGUGUGAUCGUUUACUUGAUGUCGUCUCAGCCACUUGAUAUUGCGCGCUUCGCCAUGUUCUUCGCUAUUUCAGUUUAUACUGUACUGGUAGCGCAGAGCUUCGGACUUAUGGUCGGAGCGGUCUUCAAUGUUGUUAAUGGAACAUUCCUUGGACCAACAUUGUCCGUGCCGAUGAUGAUGUUCGCCGGCUUCGGUGUUACGUUACGAGACUUGCCACCUUAUCUUGCCUGGGGUUCCUAUGUCUCAUAUUUAAGAUAUGGCCUAGAGGGCUAUAUUGGUGCUAUAUAUGGGUUGGAUAGACCCACCUUGGAAUGCAAUGAAGCUAAAUACUGCCACUACAGGUAUCCUCGUACGUUCCUAAAGGAGAUCGCAAUGUCUCCAAAUAUGUUCUGGUGGGACAUCCUCGCGCUCACCGUCACGCUGCUAGUUCUCAGAACUGCUGCAUUUUUGCUGCUCAAAUGGAAACUUAGUGCUGUCCGAUGAUAAUCAUCAGCAUUUCUUGCUUAUAAUUUAUUUAAUUACAUCCAUGUAGAAAAUGUUUUAGUAGUGUAUGUAUUUGUGUCGGAUUUUACUGCUCAAUUUAUUUAUUUUUAUUAUUAGUAAACUUAACUAAUCACCAGUUUCCGAAUUGAUGACUAAAUCAGAUUAACAUUUCAAUACUAAAAAACUGAACGCUCAUUGGUAUUCUAUUCCGGCAACGGUUGCUAACGACCAAUUACCGUUCAGAUAAAAAAAUUGGUUAAUUUGACUUUCAGAAACUGAAGGUAAGUGUGAUUAGGUGUAUCGUUAUAAUUAAAAAAAAUAAAUUAUCAUGAAAAAAUAUAUAGAUAAUUUUAAUAAUACUUAAAAAUUACGAAUAUGUAUUGUAGUUACAUUAACCCAUUCAAAAUUUUCUGAUAGACUAUUUUGAGUACUUAGAUUUUAUCUUGCGUUACUUUAGAUUAAAAUUAAGUACUGAAGGUUUAAGUUACUGUUGACGUACUUACAUAAAAAACCACAGUCUCAUAAAAACUACAAUAUCUUUUAUGAAUAAUAAUAAUCAAAUCUAUAUAUAUAUAUAUAUAUAUAUAUAUAUAUAUAUAUAUAUCACUUGUCAAUUUGUCAUUUUUUUUUUAAAUGCCAAUAAUAAUUGUGCCGUAAAAUUAUAUCACAUUAUUAACGUUUAUGAAUACAAUAUUUUUUUAGCAAUUUUAAUUCUGAAAUGAAAUGAGAUUAUUAUUUUAUAAUUUUGGUAAAUACUUAUUACAAUCUUAUUGACAAUCACAUUUUUAUAGAACCAACAUUUUAUAUAUGUUUUUAGUGUAUUCAGUAGUACAAAUAAAUAUGGUAGAAAAUUAGAAUUGUAAAUUGUAGUAAUAGAAAUCUUAACUGACAAGAAUUUUAAGCGGUUCUUUCUUUAAAAUAUAUUAUAAUUAAGAUACAGAGAAAAUCGCUAUGCCAUGAGCUCUGUGAUAUACCGCUUUAUAUCGUCAAAUAUAUAACGUUUAUAUUUGUUCAGAAUAAUUUAAUAUAAAAACUUAAUCUACAUUUUUUUAAUAACACGAACAUGUGCUUAUAUUUUAUACUAGAACUGUUUAUCAGUAAUUACAUUGUUUUGUUAAAGUUGUGGAAUUUAUAGGAAGUUGAUGUUGUAUUCAUUAUUUGUUUAAAAAUAUUUACAAUAUUUUUAAACAAAUAAUUUAUCUUAAUUUGUCGGAUGGAAUGUUAUUAGAAUUAAACUUGCAUGUGGAAUUAUUUUAACUAUUUUACAGUCGCAAAGCAUCAUGUUAUAUAUAUUGCAAGGUUUUCCAGAUAAUAUUAGAAAUGUGGUGGCUGAAGAACUCAUUAUAAAAAUAGUUAAAAUAAGAAACAGAAUUUGUUUUCAUGUUUAAUUACGUUUUUAAUUACGUCUAUACGUAACAUGUAAUUUUUAACAUGAAAAUAAAGCAAAACGAAUGUAUAUUCUUGCAAACUGAUUACCUACAUACUUAUUUUGUCAUUGUCAAUGAUAUUUGAAUUUUCUACUUCCAUUAUUUUUGUCCUUGUAUAUUGCUGCAUUAUUCGAUGCUACAACAGUUCACAGGCAUUAUUAAAUUAUAUUAUUUUAUCAUAUUUUGGAGUCAUAUUUUUAAAGAUAGUUAGUGAUCUUUCUAUUUUGUUAAUUAUAAGGUUAACAUAUAAGGACUUUGGUGUAGCAUUAAAAAUGUAUAUUAUGUUCUAAUUUCACCACGCAAAUUUGCUCCAGAUUGACUGCCUUACUUAUAAGCGUUUAGUGAAUGAUUAAUUAAACAAUGCUGUGUCUUCUUCUUUCGAAUGCCAAAUCAAUGAUGACAGAAAGAGAGAAAUCAGUGUUUUACUACACAGCCACUAAGCAAUGUUCAUAAGUAAGGCCGUGAAGUUUCAUAACGUUUUAUUUCUUGGGGAGAUCAUAAAUGUAAUGACUAACUAAAACCAAAGAUUUUAUUUCAAAAUUUAUAUCGGUCCGUUAUUAUGUAAUUCCAAUUAUAAGUAUGAACUAAGUAAAAUAGGAGAGGUACGGAUGUUAGUGUUUAUUUAGUUUAAUGGUGAUCGAGAGAUUUUUACGUGACAAAUAUUUAAAUUCUAAAUAUUAACAUGAUAAUUGGUAAGCGGCUAUGUUACAACCAAUUACACUUUUAAUUAAUAUCUGUUUAAACUUUAAUUUCAUUAAAGUUUUUAAAUUUCGAUUCUCUUAUUUUAAAUUUAAUUAAAAUAACAUUAUUUACCGAAUUUUAUUUUAAAUAUAUCAGAAGGUAUAAUUAAAUCGAAAUCGUUCUAAAUGAAGUUAAGAAACUGAUAAAUGGAGUAACACGAUACUGGUUAAGGGUCCGUUAGCAACACUAUCGAGUUAUUUAUUUUUGAAUUGUAUUAGUUCAUCGUAAUUUUUAAACAAUUCAAGUCUUUAAAGGCAAGUGGUUUUAAACAUUUGGGCUCGGGAUAUGUCUAUGAGAGUAAAAUAUUAUUUUGAAAAAGAUUGAGACGGGUAUAGCUUUGGAAUAGAACAAUUAGUCUAUUAUUUUUUAUAACAUAUUUGCAUUAUGUACCUUAUUAUCUGUAACGAUAAAGUAUACCAUUCUCAUUUCAACCAUUAUUCUCACAUGUGUAUCCAUGUUUAAUAAUCGACACAAGAAGCUGUAAAAAUACCUUAUGGAAAUAUUUUAAUAUUCUUAAUUGAAAUUUCAUAAAAACUAGUCGCAACAAAUUCGUUACAUGUAAUAUGUAUGUAUACAUAUUACAUACAACCAAUUUGUUACCUUAAAUGUAAUUCAUAUUUAAGUUUAAUGUGUAAAUGGUACCUAAGUAAGGCGUUCGCAGGGAUAUUAAAGGCCUUAGUCUUUUAGUAAAACGAGGUAAAUUUAGGUGUAAAUAAAUUUUAACAUAUCCAUUUACUGGUGAUAAUUAUAUUAAGGUUUUUGUAUGGAAUUAAAAUAAAAUAUUAAAAACA